AUGUUUAACACUACGACAACUGCCUUCUAUCAUCCAACCGAUGGUCAAAAGAGUUACUUUAACAACUUUAGCACAUCAAUAUCUUCUUCACUGCUGCACUCCUCUCUCGUCCUACUUCCACUAAGUAAGAUAUUUGGGAGUAACUCUACUAGUGUGACAAAACCCUCUAACAACGCUAGCGACUCUACCAACAACUCCGAAAUACCUCCAGCACAGCCAACAGAAGAACAAACUACCACCGAACCUAUAAUAACGUCCAUACCGUCCACUCAAUCUUCCCCAUCCCAACCUCAAAAGCGUUCUUCUCGUCGCACUCAACGUCACUCUUUCCCCUCUUCGCUAUCUAUUUCUGCCGCUAUCUCUUCAAGCAUGGGCAAUAUUCUUCCUUCUACAUCAAAUAACGUCAUUACACCUUCAACAACCCUGAAUCAAUACUCCCAUGCAAUGAGAAAGAAGAAACCGGCAAACAAAUUGAACAGAAAGAAGAUCGAUUCAGCAAUUACCUUGUCUGCUAUUGCUGUCGAAGAGGACAGUCAGGGAAAUUAUAAAUGUGCUACCGACUUGUAUCUAUCUGCUUUGGAGGAUAUGUUGUAUGCUCUACCAGUCCAAGCCGACCCGGUCCGCCAAGAAGCGCUGCGCAAAAAGCUGUUGGCCUUCCUUUCAGACACGGGCAUGUCAGACGAAUUCGCUCUACCGUCAACGCCUCCCAAACACGGCCGCUCCAACUCUGAUCCCACCCAUCUCUCUCUCCACUCUUCUUCAUCAUCGUCGACAACAACAGCUACUACUCGAUCCAGAGUUUCUGAUCAAAUAAUCAAUGCGGCAAUCAAUGGUGCCGUCGCUCUCAAACAGUCUCCUAUUCCCGAUGCCAUUUCGGCUACUGUCAAUUACACAAUGAAGAAGAUCAAAAACAUUGACGAAACCUAUGGGUUACAGGAGAAAGCAUGGGAGAUUAGCAGAUCGGGGAUUAAUCUCGCGUUGGAGAUAGAUCAACAGUAUAACGUUCAUGAAAAGGUUGGCAAUGCAUUAUUUACAGGAAUAGCUGCUGCUAUGAAGGCAGGCAUCGCAUACAAGGAUUCUCCCGGAUAUAAAGAGGUGAAGAGGAUGAGAAUGGAGUAUUGUAACGGCAAGGAAAGAAUUAUCGAGCAGAAUGGUACGACAAAGGAUCUCUGCGAUUAA